CAAAGAGAAUUUAAAGAAAUUUUGACUGACAACACCAAAUAAUAUAACUUGUGGACCUUGUCAAUAUCUGUUCGCAAGUCAUGUUCUAUUAAUUCACCACAAAGCUCUCUAAAUCUGGCUUCUGCAUGGUUGGAAAUGAAACAUUUACAAAAACCCAUCUGCUUCCUACUGGAAAUCAGCCUUAUCGAGUUCGUGAAAGAUAAGCUGCCCUUUUUCGCGAAUCCCGAAGAUAAAAUCGCUAAAUAUUGGGAGUCGCAGUCCAGAACGGAAAUUAUACAAAAAGCUGACAAAAUGUUCAACGAAGGAAAAUACAUGGAUGUUUAUGAAGCCCUAAAUAGAAUGAAAUAUAGCAAAGACUUCGAAGUGGUAUGGAGACUAUCUAGAGCAUUAUAUAACUUAUCACUGCAUACCGACCUAACUUCAGAGAUAAGGAAAGCGAUGAUUGGAGAAGCGCACAAUAUUUUAGAAAGUGUUAACACCAUUGGAAAUGGACAAAGUAAUUACCACAAGUGGAUGGCGGUAAUCUCGAACGCCAAAAAUGGCUUUGAAGGAUUAGAAAUGAAAAUAAAAGAGUAUCCAAACAUCCGCAAUCAUUUAAUUAAGGCGUGCGAUAGUGACCCGCAAGACUUUGCAGUUCAGUACAUGCUAGGCCGAUGGCACUAUGAAAUCGCCAAUCUUACGUGGUUCCAGAGGAAAAUCGCCAAAUACCUCUACACGGAACCGCCAGAUGCCAGCCAUCAGGAAGCGUAUAAAUACUUGAACAAUGCCGAAGAAUUACGGCCUAGAAGCUUUAUACCCAACAUCUAUAUCUUGGGAUGUGCUUGCAUGAAGCUUGGACAGUAUUACCGGGCAAAGUACUACCUAAAUCUGACCCUAGGUAUACCAGCGCACAACGAAUGUGAAAGAUGCUGUGCGUCGGGAGCCCAAAAUCUUUUAAGAAAAUUAGAAAAGUAUGAUUUGGGCAAAGAUUUAUUGUAUGAAAAUCCUCAUUUUAGUUUUGAAAAUUAAAGUUUAAUUUCAUAUUUCCCAGCAGUUAAAUCCAAGUAUUACAGCCGA